AUGAUCAUCGUAAUGUUUUUCGUUGUGAUCGUUGAAGGACUUGAAGAAACGACAACAAUCACAACAACAAUCACAACAUCAUCAGCACUAGCUAAUGCCACGACUCUCACCACAAAAGCUUCUACAACUUCAACAACAACGAUCAAAUCAAAUCCAAUUAUAUGUUCUCCACCCGAAAAUGAAAAAGCUCAUUGGGAGCUCGCUCAAAAGAUUCUCCACGUGGCUACAGCUUCAAUCAGUGAUCCGGCAAAGGAAUGUUUGCAAAAUGAGAAAAGUGGUUACACAGCCGUUCAUGAUUGGACUUUUCGAAAACCGCCAAGUAAGACAAACUGGCAUGAGAUUAGAAUUGGGAUUUCAAAGAGAGAUGAUCCUGCAGAAAUUCUCGUUUUCGUUUCUGGCCCACCGUAUAUUGUUCAAACGAUGCAAGCAAACAUGCGAGAAAUCGAUGAUCAGAAAUUGGUUCCCUUUCGUCCAUAUUGUAAUCACGGUGUCCGUGUCGGGAAUGUAAUGUCCGAUCUCUACCAUCGUAUUUAUGAUCAAGAUCAUCAAAGUUCCACGACAUUAAAAUCAACACUUAAACAACUUCAUAAAAAAUAUGGAAAAACACACUCGAUAUCGUUUUCCGGCUUUUCCACUGGCGGAUGUGUGGCUCAAAUGUUAGCUUUGGUUACGGAAAAAGAUAUUGGAUGGAGAGAUGGAUGCAUAAGAUUUUAUGGUUUUGGAAUGCCUCGUUGUGGAGAUCAAAGAUAUGUUAUGAUGAUUCAUGAGAAAAUCCCGCAAAACUAUCGCUAUUAUUGGAAAAAUGAUCCGAUGUCGAGUCAUCCGAAGAAAUCUUCAAACGAAUCGAUUGUUUGUGAUGAAGAAGCUCUUCAAUUGAAACCAAAUGGUGAAGUGACCUCGUGUACAUCGUCUGGGAGUGGUGAAGAAACGGAAGAUGAUGCCGAGAUUUGUGAUUGGGUGAAUUCUGUAGCAAUCACGGAUCAUUAUGCUUUCUUCGACAAUCUCGAUCCAAACGCCUAUUCUUCUCCGUCUGGGUGUCCAUUUUUU